AUGACGAUUACAAUUUUCAAUCCCGAUACAAUCAAUUCCGAGCUAUCGAAACCAACGUCAAUCUUCGGCCUCAAGCUUUGGGUCGUCAUCGGAAUUUUACUAGGAUCUCUGAUAGUCAUCGCUCUCUUCUUCCUCUCUCUCUGCUUAACCUCUCGCCGGAGAAACCGCAAGCCACGUCACGCGGAUUUCGCAUCCGCCGCCAUCGCAACGCCGCCGGUUUCCAAAGAGAUUCAGGAGAUCGUCCGUCCUCCGGCGCGGGAUCAUUACCAUCCGACGCAGUCCGUUGCGGGGGAGAUCCAAGUCGAUAUCGGGAAGGUCGAGCACCGUGUGGUUUUUUCGGAUCGGGCCUCGAGCGGUGAAAGCAGAGGAACAGUGAGUGCUAGUGAAACGGCGUCGUAUGCGGGGAGUGUUUGCGUGGGACCGGAGGUUUCGCAUCUCGGAUGGGGAAGGUGGUAUACUCUGAGGGAGCUCGAAGCGGCGACGAAUGGGUUAUGUGAAGAGAAUGUGAUCGGAGAAGGAGGUUAUGGGAUUGUUUAUCGUGGGAUUUUAACAGAUGGAACUAAAGUCGCUGUCAAGAAUCUGCUUAAUAACAGGGGUCAAGCGGAGAAGGAGUUUAGAGUGGAAGUGGAAGCGAUAGGGCGUGUACGGCAUAAGAAUCUCGUUAGGCUUUUAGGGUAUUGUGUCGAAGGUGCAUACAGGAUGCUAGUGUAUGACUACGUAGAUAAUGGCAACUUAGAGCAGUGGAUUCAUGGUGAUGUUGGUGACAAAAGUCCUCUAACUUGGGAUAUCCGUAUGAACAUAAUACUCGGCAUGGCAAAAGGAUUGGCUUAUCUACACGAGGGUCUUGAACCGAAAGUGGUUCACCGGGACAUAAAAUCGAGUAAUAUCUUGCUUGAUCGUCAAUGGAAUGCUAAGGUAUCGGAUUUUGGACUCGCUAAGCUCUUGUUCGCCGAGAGCAGUUACGUGACAACCCGUGUCAUGGGAACUUUCGGUUAUGUCGCGCCUGAAUAUGCUUGCACCGGAAUGCUGAAUGAAAAAAGUGAUAUCUAUAGUUUCGGGAUAUUGAUUAUGGAGUUAAUCACUGGAAGAAACCCUGUCGAUUAUAGUCGACCUCAAGGAGAGGUGAAUUUGGUUGAAUGGCUGAAAUCAAUGGUUGGGAGCCGAAGGUCAGAGGAAGUAAUCGAUCCAAAAAUAUCCGAACCACCUUCUUCAAAGGCUCUUAAACGCGUUUUGCUCGUUGCGUUGCGUUGUGUUGAUCCAGAUGCGAGUAAGAGACCUAAAAUGGGUCAUAUUAUACACAUGCUUGAAGCUGAAGACUUGUUCUAUCGCGACGAACGACGAGCCACGAGGGAGCAUGCAAGCCGCGAUUAUAACCAGCCACAGACCGCGGUUUCAGCGACUGCGGCUGAGACCAGCGAAAUUGAAACAAUCGGUAACAAUACCGAAGAAUCUCUUUCUCUAGUUAAUAAUAUGAGCAGUCGUAUACAAGAUUCUCAACGCGUGUUCUUCCGCUUUAAAAACCCUUUCAAGAUCCUGUUUCCAAAUGCGCGCAAUUUAUCGCCAAAGCUUCUCUCACUACUUAGCAAGUUCGAGACAGAUCUCACUGUAUCGAUCAGAGAGCUAAUACCAAAGGAUGAGAACGAUAUCGUCACUGUUUCCUGGAUGAGUCAAGCCAUGGAGUCUCUUUGCGAGACACACAAGAGUAUCGGAUUGCUCGUGAAGGAUCUAGAGCUCCCUGUAUCGGAUUUGGAGGAGAAUUUGAUUCACGUGUACUCGGACGUUAGCUUGAAGAGUCUUGACCUCUGCAAUGCCUUCACUUCAGAGCUCGACCGUCUCAACCAUGGCAAUCUCUUGCUCAAGUUUGCUCUUAGUAAGCUGGAGACAAACAAGGAAUCUUCGUUAUUGCAUCUCGACGGUUGGAGGCAGCACAUGGUUUCCAAGAACCCGAGGAUCGAAAACUGCGGUUCGGUUUUGAGUAGCCUUGUUGAAUCGAUGAAGGCGAAGAAGAAGAAGAAGCAAUCUGCUAAAGGAAAAGUUCUCUUGAGAGCUCUGUACGGUGUAAAGGUCAAGACUUUGUACAUAUUCGGAGUGUUCGCUGCUGCGUUUUCGGGAUCUUCGAAGAGUCUCUUAUAUCUAACCAUUCCAAAGGAGAUGGAGGAGCUUCCAUGGGCACAAGCUUUCAUGGAACUGCAGAACUCCAUUAACCCGGUGAUGAAGAACAUGUUCUUGUCAGAGAGAUUCACGGUUAUAAAAGAUCUCGAGGCUGUUGAGUCCGGUGUGAAGAAGCUUUAUAGAGAGGUCCAAGAAGGGUCGGUUCCUGUUUCGGUUGUGGAGCCACUGAAGAAAUCAGUGAUGGAACUUUGUGAGAGGUUUGAUCUUGUCUCCAAGGAAACACAUUGCUUGCUGAAGAUAGUGAUAUCUGCUCGUGACGCAUUGUUUGAGAGUCUAUGGACCAAAUACGCACAAGAGUUGCAGCAAGUGACGUUGCCGAUGAUCAAACUUAAAAAAUGUUAA